AUGCUGACCCAGGAGAGCCCCGUGGGAUGUUCUCAGGGAGCUGCAAAGGGGACAUUUGCCGUGGUUGGCCAGAGUGGAAAGCCUGUGAGUAUCAACACAGAGCAGAGACAGCCGCCAGGAGCCACUCACACCUCAGACACGGUAGAAAUUCCUGCGGGCGAGACGCCCUACGCAUGGGCUGAGUGUAGGAAAAGCUUUACCCAGAGCUCUUCCCUUAUUAGACACCACAGAAUCCACACAGGGGAAACGGCCUGCGCCGAAUGCGGGAAACGGUUUAGCGAGAAAUCAUCUCUGAUCACCCACAGGAGAACCCACACCGGUGAGACGCCCUAUGCCUGUGCCGAGUGUGGGAAAUGCUUCCGGCGGAGCUCCAGCCUUCGCACCCAUUGGAGGAUCCACACGGGAGAGAUGCCCUACAUGUGCGCCAAGUGCGGGAAAAGCUUCACCCACAGCUCGACUCUGACCACCCACUGGAGGAUCCACACCGGAGAGACCUCGUAUACCUGUGCCGAGUUUGGGAAACAUUUCCGGCAGAGCUCCAACCUGAUAUCGCAUCAGAGAAUCCAUAUGGGAGAGACCCGCUGA